GUCGCUUGGCGGGCUGAACGGGGAACUGGCCAAAUGAAUCAUUAACAUUGACAGCGUCCAUAGUUCGGCGGCCGAGGGUGCUGGUCUUUUCUUGAUAAAUACUGCCCCUCUCGUCAAGGGAGUCUAGGAAGGAGCCUGUGGCCGCAGACGCAUCAUUAUCCCCUCAAGAAGAGAGAUAAAGCAGUCACAAUGGCUGACUCGAAGGAUGUUGCAUUGGUCUUUGGAGCCAGUGGUAUCUCUGGCUGGGCCGUCACAAAUUGCGCUCUCUCUUACCCCACACCCACCACCUUUAGCAGAGUGAUCGGCUUGACAAACAAACCAUUACCGCUGGAGAAAAGUGGUUUGCCGCAUGACCCUCGACUGGAGUUACACUGCGGCGUGAAUCUGCGAGGAACUCUGGCCGAGGUGGUUGCCCGAUUGCAAGACAAGGUUCCCAACCUAGAAGAGGUCACCCACGUGUAUUAUCUUGCCUACUCCAAUGUAACUGCAUGGUCGAUGGAUGUGAUGGCGAUCCGAGAUGUCAACGUGGAAAUGACCUAUAACGCGGUGCACGCCGUCGACAACCUGUGCAAGAACCUAAAGUUCUUCGUGCUUCAAACUGGAACAAACAAUUACGGAGUCUCUGUCUUUCGCUUCCAGGAACACAUCGAGAUCAAACCUCCCUUGCGCGAGGAUAACCCGCGCAUUCCUUCGCCCUGGGGCGACGAGAUCUUCUACUAUGCGCAGGUCGACCUGGUCAAGGAGGCUAACAAGGGAAAAUCCUGGAAAUGGUGCGAAGUUCGACCAGAUCAGAUCGUGGGUCACGUCCCAAUUCCCACCAGCAUGACCUACGUCGAGCCCCUCGCGCUCUACCUAAUGCUAUACCGUUAUGUGAACGGCCACGGAGCCACUCCUGUCUACCCCGGUUCCUACGCGAACUACAUCCACUCGCAUACACCCUCGUCGCAGGAUAUCAUCGCCCGGUCGGAGCUCUACCUUUCGCUUGAGAAGCCGGAUCAGGCGCAUGGAGAGUCCUUCAACACAGCCGACAACGCCACACCCGCACCAUUUUCCAUCAUCUGGCCCAUGAUGUGCGAGUACUUCGGCCUGACUGCCCAAGCUCCUACUCCCGAUGUCAAGGGGUGGGCGGACGUCGAUAAGUGGUGGAUCGCGCACCAGGACGACUACAAAAAGAUGUGUGACGAGUACAACCUACGUCCGCGCGAGAUCCCCGCGGCGACAUGGAUCUUCCUGGCGGCAGGAAUGAGCUUCCUGGCCCGCGACCGCGAUCUGAGCUUGGAUAAGAUCCGGAGCGUGGGGUUCACGGAGGAGUACCCGGUGGCGUAUGGGUAUCUUCGGGUGUUUGCUCGACUGGCGCAGGAGAGGAUUAUUCUUAGCACGGAGGCUUGGUCGAAGUAGGUCGGUGGCAAGAUGUGAGAACGAGCAUGACCGCAGCUUAUACAUGUACACUGGUGUUAGUGAUCCCGCUAAUGGGCACACGCUUACGGCUUUUGUAUGGUUUGGAUUUGCAUUGCGCUUUAUUGUGUGCUUUGCAUUCUGAGCCUGUGAAGACAAUUGUCCAGUCGAGGCCUUUUCCUUUCGCAGGCCUUCUAUACCUGUGCUUCCAGGGUUUCAAUCAUGAUAACCGGUCGAGGGCCUGUUGGUUCGCUAUGCCGAUCUGUAUAAUUGGCUUUCGAUGACUCUUGCAGGCUUCCUUGCUAUCAACCUUUAAAGGCCAGAAACGUAGACAAAGGGCACUAAUAUAUAGCGAG